AUGGCUCCUACACGACGAACAUCCGCACGUCAGCAACUGAAGACCCCUAAUACCGUUAACGUUACACAUGCAGAACAGGCGACUGCGGAUGAGCACAUAAUAACUCCGGUUACAGAUGAUCAUAUAGCGUCUACUUCAACUUCUGCUUUGCACUCUUCUGCGUGCCGUGGCGAUGACCAAUCCGGCAGCUCUGCAAAGGCUGCAAAAACACCCAGCUUUGUUAAGCGUGCCAAAAUACCAUGGCGAGGCAACCUUAGCAGGCAUUCUAAAAGAGCCUCUGCGGCAAAGAGAAAGCGGGAGGAGGAAACCGAGGUAGAGGCCUCUUUGAGGCUUUCCAGUCAAUCUCAACGGAGGCAGUAUGUUUUGUCACAUGAAACGCUUGGUGAGCGUAACUACCGUUUGAACUGCAAAUCAGUUUACACAUAUUCAUUGAAAAAUAAAAGGAAACUACCUAAACGCUUGCAAGACAACAAAAAAGCGGCUUCAUCACAAGCGCUUUUGCGGUCUCGACAGAGCCCACAUCGAAAAGCUACUCACAAUGCAGCCGACGCCGCUGCAACUUCCAUUCGACGGUCCCAGCAGACCACGGCCGAGAAAACUGCACGUAACGCAGCGAAAGCUGCGGCAACGUCCAUUCGACGGUCCCAGGAAUCCCUGGCUGAGAAAAUCGCACGCCAUGCAUCAGACGCCGCUGCAGCUUCUACUGCAAGGGCGUCGGAAAGUUCCGCGCAAAAGCGCACAAGGCGGCAACGCGAUGCAAUUUCAACUUCCGCUGCUAGAGCUGUAGAAGGACCUACUGAAAGGCUUGAAAGGUUGCAGACUGUUAACCAGCGCCGCCAUGCACUGCGAGGGCUCUGUACCCCACCAAAGCAGUUUUAG